AUGGACCCAACAUCAACGGUCGCUAAAGACACCGAAACUGCCGGGGCGGUCCAGCCUGUCAACGCCCACGGAAUCGACGAUGCCAUGCUUCAAGAUGCCCAUGCAGCUGGCGAAGCUGAGCGAGACUUGAAGCUCUGGGCCUCUUUGAAGCUCUACCCCAAGACUGUGGGCUGGUCCAUCCUGCUCUCGACAGUCAUCAUUAUGGAAGGAUUCGAUACUGUUCUCAUCGGAAUCCUCUAUGCCAACCCUCCCUUCCAACGAGACUUCGGUAUCAAGCAGGCCAAUAGCAGCUAG